AUGCCUUCAACUACAAAUGGAGAUUUAUCUAAUACACCACCAAAAUUAUUUAAUUUAGCAGGAGAAUCAACAACAUCAUCAUUAACAUCUACAAAUUUAACAUCAAUUCGUGAUCGUUGUCGUCGUUGUCAACAACUCGUCUAUGUAACGGAACGUAUCGGUCCAGUUAAAGAUUCACUUUAUCAUAAAUUAUGUUUUAAAUGUUUAAAAUGUGAUCGUCAAUUAGAUUUUAAAACAUAUUUUACAAAUUCAAUUGAUUUAAAUGAUAAAGAAAUUUAUUGUCAAAGUCAUGUACCACGAUCUGGCAAAGGUAUUUUUUCAACUGAAAAUAUGCAUAUACAUAAUGUUAUGAAUGCACCAAAAUUAAAUGUUAUGCAAAAAUUAGAUGAUCGUCUUAAAGGUACACAUCUUGAUUCUCAAUCAGUUUCAAUAGCACAUGCUAUGAAAGCUCAACAAAUGUUCCAAAAUGGUCGAGAAAAAGUUUCAUCAAUUCAUAAUUUUCCUGCAUUACCACCGGAUAUUUUACAUGCUCGAGAAGAAGUACGUCGUGCACAAAAAUCUUUAGAAGAAAAACAACGACAAGAAGAAGAUGAAUUAUUUAUGAAAUUUCGUGUUGAUCGCGAAUUAGAAGAGAAAAAAAUUGAACGUGAAGUUAUUGAUGAAUGGGAAAAGAAAUUAGAAGUGCUUACAACUAAAUAUGAAGAUGAUUUACGAAGAAAAAAAGAUAAAAAUACUGAACGAGAAUUAACACUUCGUUUUACAAAAGAAAAAGCUGAAUUAGAACAAAAUAUGACAUUAAAAAAAAAUAAAAAACGUGAGAUUGUUCGAAAACAAAUUAUGGAAAGAGAACAAGAAACAACACAUUCACUUGUUUCAAAAUUUAGUAAAGAAAUGCUUAAUUUAAUACAAGUUAAAGAACGUGAAGUACUUGUUGAAAAUGGUGUUGAUGAUCAAGUCGCAGCAACUUAUUCAAUGCUUCACUUAAGUCAACCACCACCACCUCAACCACCUCGUCGUCAUAAACGUGAUUUAUAUGAAGAUCCAUCUAUAUUUGAACAUGUCGAUCAACAAGCUAUAACAGUUGCCGAAAGUGAACAAACAUCGUAUACAGAAUUAAUCGAUGAAUUAACAUAUGGUUUAUUAACUGAUUUAGAAAAAGCUCGAGCUAUUUUUCGUUGGAUAACUGUUAAAGAUUUAAAUGCUAUUGAUUUUCAAAAUAAUCUUGCUGCAGAUACACCAAUGGGCUUAUUACGUGGUAUCAAAUAUGGUACGGAAACUUAUCAUACAUUAUUUAUGCGUUUAUGCAGUUUUGCUGCUUUACAUUGUGUGGAUGUAAAAGGUCAUUCAAAAAGUGUUGGUUAUGAACCAGGUAUGCAUAUUGCUGAAGGAAAAUUUACUAAUACAUGGAAUGCAGUUUUAAUCGAUGGUGAAUGGAGAUUUGUUCAAUGUAAUUGGGGCGCAAGACAUUUAGUAAUGAGUAAAGAUAAAAAACAAAUCGAUAUUACACCACCAAAACCUACUCGAGAAAAAAUUAAAUAUCAAUAUGAUGAACAUUAUUUUCUUCCUGAUCCUGAAGAUUUUAUUCUUGAAUUUUAUCCAUAUAAAUCUGAAUGGCAAUUACUUGAAUCUCCAAUAACAUUACAACAAUUUGAACAAUUACCAUUUGUUCGUUCACUUUUUUUUCACUAUCAUUUAUCAUUUGUUAAUCAACAACAUGCUGUUAUUCAAACGGAUAAUCGUGGUGCAUGUGAUAUUAAAUUACGUAUGCCAGAUUCCGUUAAACAACGUUUAGCAUUUCAUUUUCAUUUACGUUUUUCAAAUACAUUAAAUACAAAUGGACAAACAGAUGAUUCAACUGAUAUUCAAGGUGUUAAACUUGAACGUUAUGUACUUCAUACAGUUCAAGAUGAUUUAGUUUCAUUUAAUAUUCAUGUACCACAAGAAGGAAAUUAUUUUAUCGAAAUUUUUGCAUCACUUGUGGAACCUGAUCCGAAUCCAUUUGGUCAAAGUUUUAAAUUAAAAUGUGUUUGUAAAUAUCGAAUUAUAUGUCAACAAUUAAUUCAAAGAAUGCAUCCACUUCCGUCAUGUGCAUCGGGUGAAUGGGGUCCAGCUAAAGCUAUUCGCCAUUUUAAUAUUCAUCCAUUAACACAUUUUCAAUCAAUAUUUGAAACACAUCAUUUACCUUUAAUAAUAAAAUUUAAAUGUCCAAAAAUACUUAAAUUUCAUGGCAAAUUAAAUUCAAAUAGAUAUUCAGCAGUUCAAAAUACAAAUAAUAAUCCAACGCCUAAUAAUGCUCUACAAAAUACUCUUGAUAAAUAUGUUAAAUAUGAAUAUAAUGAACAAGAUUUAAUCAUAACAUUUCUAAUACAAUUACCUAAUGAAGGUCAAUUUGGUUUAGAUAUAUACGCACGUGAUCCAGAAUAUCAAACAGAAAAACGAACUAUGUCACAUUGUUGUAAAUAUAUUAUUAAUUAUGCAAAAGGUGCAAUACCACCACCAGCAUCAACUACUAUUGAAACAGCAGCAACAACAACAAUAACAACAAAUAAUAAUAAUCAAAAUCAAAAUGUUACAUAUCAUGAUUAUUCAUUUGAUAAUUCAAAACCAAAUGGACAACAGAAAAUUGUAUCACCACCACGAAUUAAUCCAACAAGUACCAAUAAUACUAAAACGGAACGUAGUCUUUCACCACGUUCAAUAUCAUCAAAUAAUUCAUCUUCAUUACCUCUACCAAAAAUUGGUGGUAAUACAACAUUACUUUCUCAACUUGGUAUGAGUCCAAUAAGUCACACUGAUCCAUCAAUAACACUUCAUUCAAUAAAUUCUAUUGAAUUGCUAUUUCAAAUACGUAAAAUGGUUGAUUUUUCAUUUGAUCUUCUAUAUCAUUAUACACAUACUGAUCUUUCUUCUCGAACAUCAUCAUCAUCAGCAGCAGCAAUAAAUUUAAAUCAACGUUUGAAUGCAUCAGAUUAUGUAACAAUAAAACCCAAUGGUGGUUUUAAUGUUAUAUUUGCAUUAACUUUACCUAAACAAGGUGUUUAUACAUUUACAAUAUAUGCUGCUACAACAAAUUCACGAAAUGAUAGUCAAAUAGGAAAAAAUGGACAAAAUGAAUUACCAGCUGUUUUUACUUAUUUACUUCGUUAUACUUAG